GACUCACGUGGCCAUCCCCGCUCACGUGACCUCAGCCGCGAUGGCGGAGGAAGAGCGGGCGCUGCUGGGCCCGACCGGCGGCGGGGAUGGCGGCAGUGGCGGCUCCCCGGGUCCCCCCCGCGCCAUGCCUGCCCUCUGCGAUCCGCGGCGGUGGUCGCAUCGCCUCCUUGUCCUCGCACUCAUGUGCUUUCUGGGCUUCGGAAGCUACUUCUGCUACGACAACCCAGCGGCUCUCCAAAUGCAGGUCCAGCGGGAUAUGAAGGUGAACACAGCGCAGUUCAUGUCACUCUAUGCGUGGUAUUCCUGGCCUAAUGUGGUGCUUUGCUUCUUUGGUGGCUUUUUGAUAGACAGAGUGUUUGGGAUUCGGUUGGGCACGAUAAUAUUUAGCAUCUUUGUUUGUGUUGGGCAGGUGAUUUUUGCUUUGGGAGCACUACUGAAUACUUUCUGGCUGAUGGAUGUGGGCAGAUUCAUAUUUGGAAUAGGGGGAGAGUCCUUAGCAGUGGCACAGAACACGUAUGCGGUCAGUUGGUUUAAAGGCAAGGAGUUAAAUCUGGUGUUUGGAUUACAACUGAGCAUGGCCAGAGUCGGGAGCACAGUGAACAUGAAUAUCAUGGGAUGGAUUUACUCUAGAAUUCAAGAUCUUCUGGGUUACACUGGUCCCAGUACUCUUGGUUUAACUCUCAUGAUAGGUGGUGUAACGUGUCUCUUUUCCCUGGCCUGUGCGUUAGUCCUUGGUUAUCUGGACAGGAGAGCAGAGAAGCUCCUCAGUAAAGAGCAAGGGAAAACGGGUGAAGUGAUCAAGCUAACGGACGUGAAGGACUUCUCUUUGUCCUUGUGGCUUAUAUUUGUAAUCUGUGUCUGUUACUAUGCAGCGAUUUUUCCUUUCAUUGGACUUGGAAAGGUUUUCUUUAUUGAGAAAUUCAAAUUCUCAUCUCAAGAAGCAAAUGCAAUUAACAGUAUUGUGUAUAUCAUCUCGGCACCCAUGUCCCCAGUCUUUGGGCUCCUGGUGGAUAAGCUUGGAAAAAAUAUCAUCUGGGUUUUAUGUGCUGUAAUAACUACGCUUGCUUCUCAUAUUAUGUUGGCUUUUACCUUCUGGAACCCCUGGAUAGCGAUGUGUAUGCUAGGAGUGGCCUACUCACUGCUUGCCUGUGCCCUGUGGCCCAUGGUGGCCUUUGUUGUUCCAGAGCACCAGCUGGGAACUGCUUAUGGAUUUAUGCAGUCUAUCCAGAAUCUCGGUCUAGCAAUUAUCGCUAUAGCAGCUGGGAUGAUUCUGGACACAAGAGGUUACUUGUUUCUGGAAGUCUUCUUCAGUGCUUGUGUUUCCUUGUCGCUAAUAGCUGUAGUCAUGCUGUAUUUUGUGAAUCACCUCACAGGUGGUGAUCUCAACUGGUCUGCAAAGAAAAGGGAAAAACUGCAAAAAGCAGCUGCAAUAGAAGCAGAAGAACAAGAGAGACUCAGACGUCAAAAUGAAGAUGACUUGGCUAAAUUACGGCCAAAAGCUGAUGACUUUAGUUUAAGGAAUAAAUACCUCUCCAAACUAGGCGCUCAGCUUCCAGAUAAUUACUCUUCCUGUUUAUCGACAAUGGUACACAGAAGCAUAUUGAAAUAACAUCUUGGCACACUUGCAAAACCAGAAAUAUAUUCAAGUUCCUGAUACGCCAAAGCUUGUUUCCAGUACUGACAACUGCCACAGCAAAAGCAGUGAUGUACCAUACUUUUCUGCAAGGAUAAAUCUUGUUUUUAAAGUACUUGGCUUAAGCUUACCCUCUGCACUGUGGGUAAAUGACACGGAUACCAAUGAAGGACCAUCCGGCUGCUUGUUUGAACCCAUGAGCUAUGUACUACUGCUGUCCCGUCUAAAAUACGUGGCAAGUAGCUUGAGUCAAUAGCUAAGAGUUCUUGAUCUUUUCAGUGAUAUCUGAAGUGUGGAAGCUUUGUUUCAAUAAUCAAAUUGCUGUGAAAUGAGCCCUAGGGGUAGGUAUGGGCUAUUGAGCCUCUCAGGUUGGACUACUUGGUUACUGUGUUGGAAAUGGUCUCUUUCGUUUUUCUUCUAGAAAAAUGUAAGGAAAGACUACCUUUUUAUUUUGGUCGAAGCAAAUAUUUUAGAGGAAAUCCAAGUGCUACCCCUGAAAUUUAAUACCGGGUCACGGACUGAGCAAUAAAUCUAAUAUGAGUCCUGUUUAAUGUGAAAAUUGAUGUAUUUUCAAGAUGUUGUGACUAAAAUCGAUGAAAAGACUUGCAUGCAAGGACUAUAGUUUGUCAUUCAAUGGAAGAAUGUUCAGUUCCAUAAUGAGACUUAACACUUUCCCAUAAUUUAUCGGGAAGGCAUGUUGCUGACUAGCUAGUUCCUAGUAACUCCUGCACAGCACACUUUGCUUUGUUUUGUUACUCGUAAAGUCUCAGGGAUGGUUUGUCCCAUUACAAAAGCUAAGCUAACCUUGCUUUACAAGGCAAGAGCGUCUGGCAUUCAGGAGCACUGGGCAGCUCAAAGGAAGAGCUGCUGUACAGGUAGGUGCAAGGGCCAAGUGAGCUUUCCUUGGCUGAUUCAGGGAGUCUUUUGUGCCACAAAAGACCUAAGAACCUUGGAUGAAUUGCUUGACUGCAGAGAAAGUAGUUUAUUACAAUAAAAAUGUUACAUAAUACUGCAAUAUUUUUUUUCCUACACUGAUUUAAGCAGAGCUUCUGGAACUCAUGGUCUUAAAGUACUUUUUAAAGAUACUUUUCAAUAGAGAUUUAUUUUGUAUUCCUGAAAGACUAUAAGGUGGUCCUCUCUGAAAGACUAAGGCAGGACUAUUUUGGUCCAAUGUUCUUCGGAAUACAGAACUAUCUAGGAAGAUAAAGUAGCAGGUUGUGAACUAUGCUGAGCUUGCUGCCGAAGGGCAGUAGUUCACUGAGCUGUGAUAAUAAUUAUUGGUGCUUUCUGUGCUCCCUGUGAGAACCAAACACUAUCAACCCUGAGACUGGGUGGUGCACAUUGGUUUGUUUUUCCUUGUAGACUUGUGAUUUCUGGGUCUUUUUUAAAUAAA